CUUUGUGCCCAAAUCUUGUGACAACCUAAAACCUUCUCACCUCAAUCACACGUUCGUUCCUGUUAUUUCAACCUCCGGCGUCUCACAUCACUCUGCAAUUCCUGUCACUCUCUCUACAAAAGGUCAUGAGAUGACAAAUAUGGAUGGAGAUGUUACCAUGGUUGACUCAAAUGGUACACAUGACAAUGCUCUUGAUGUGGAGCCUCUCAGUAUUAGAAUACCGCUAGAACCCCCCUUAGAGCCCGUUGAAGGAAUGGAGUUUGCAUCAAUUGAAGAGGCAAAGAGUUACUACACAAGGUAUGCUAAGAACAAAGGUUUUAGUUUUCGCAUGGGACGCGUUACUAAAUCAAGAACAAAUGGUAUGAUAAUUGGUCAAGAAAUUCUUUGUUCAAAGGAGGGGUUUCGGGCCAAAAGAUAUAUGAAACAGGAUAAUAGUAGUCUUAUUAAACAUGAUGAAACAAGGGUGGGAUGCAAGGCACGGUUAUAUUUAAAGAAAAAUGAUGAUAGAUGGAUUGUUUCUAGAUUUAUAGGAGACCAUAAUCACGAAUUAUUUUCUCCUGGAAGUUCACAGUCUCUUCGCGUACAUAGAAAGAAAACUAAAGUGCAAAAAAAACUUGCUGAUGUGCUUGAUGAAUCUGGUUUAGGCCCUAGCAAAACAACAUCUAUCUUAUGUACUGAAAGUAUUGGUAUUGAUAAUUUUGGAUCUAGCCAGCAAGAUGUUAUCAAUUACUUAAGUGUAAAAAGACAAACACAGUUAGAAAACGAAGAUGCUCAAUUGAUGUUAUCAUACUUUAAGAAUUGUCAGUUGAAGAAUACUGGAUUUUUCUAUGCAUUUCAAAUGGAUGCCGAAGGAAAAUUAGCUAAUUGUUUUUGGGUUGAUUCAAGAUCUAGAAUUGCUUACAAAUAUUUUGGUGAUGUGGUUACUAUUGAUCCAACAUACUUGACAAGUAAAUACAACGUUCCUUUUGUUCCAUUUACGGGUGUUAAUCAUCAUCAACAAUCCAUUCUUUUUGGUUGUGCUCUCUUAUGGGACGAAACUGUAGAGAGUUUUGUUUGGUUGCUAAGUACCUGGUUAGAAGCAAUGAAUGGAGUUUGUCCUAAAACUAUUUUCACAGACCAAGGCGCUGCUAUCACCAAUGCAGUUGGAACGGUGUUUCCAAAGGUUAAUCACCGUUAUUGUAUGUGGCAUAUUGAGGAAAAAGUUCCAGAGUACUUGAAUCAUAUCUAUCAUGAACGUGAAUUUAAAAAUCAUUUUUACAAGUGCAUUCACCAAUCUAACACAAUUGAAGAAUUUGAUUCUGAAUGGGGAGCAAUGAUUGAUAAAUAUGGGUUGCAAGAUAAUCAGUGGCUACAGGAGAUAUACUCAAUUCGAUCAAAAUGGGUUCCUGCAUGUGUACAUCAUAUUUUUUGUGCCGGAAUGUCCACCACCCAAAGGAUUGAAAGUAUGAAUAAGUUUUUUAAGGAUUUUUUGAAUUCAAGUACUCCAUUGAGCAAGUUUGUGACACAAUAUGAGAAGGCUCUUGAUGCAUGUUACAACAAGGAAAGGGAGAAAAAUGUCAAGACAAUGAAGUUAAAACCACUUUUGCGAACUUUAUAUCCCAUAGAAGAAGAAGCUUCAAAAAUUUAUACAAGAAAAUUGUUUAGGAUAUUUCAAGAUGAGUUGGUUGGCUCUCAAAUGUUUACCACCGAGAAAGUUGAAUUUUCUGAUGAAGUGAUGACAUACAAAGUUCAUGAAAUUUACAAAGAGAAGCCUAACUAUUAUGUGACUUUUCAUGUAACUUCAAAAGAAUCAACUUGUACUUGUCACAAGUUUGAAUUUUUGGGUAUUCUUUGUAGGCAUAUCUUAACCGUAUUCCUAAAGAAGAAGGUACAUUAUCUCCCUUCACAGUAUGUUCUACAAAGAUGGACCCUGAAUGCUAAGAAACAAAAAGUUCAAGGAUUGUCAAUUGAAGAAUUUCAAGAAGGAGGAAACAAAGUUUCUAGCACUUUAUUGUUUAAUAGUGUUAUGGUCCACUCUCUUGAAUUUUCUGAAAGAGCUUCACGGUCAGAAAAACAUCAUAAUAUUGCAAUUCAAUGUUUGCAAAAUGCAAUUGAAAAACUUGAUCUAUUAGAGCUUGAAGAAUCAAAUGAGGAUUGCAUUUCAAGUGAGAUUGGAUUAGGGUCAAGAUUAUUGGCUAGUAAAGACCAAGUUUGGGUUUCUGAUAAUGGUACAUUUGCUAUGGGAUUCACUCCAUCAAAGACUGAUAAUCAUUUAUUCACUUUGGGUAUUUGGUUUGCUAGGCUUCCAGGAGAUAGAACUUUUGUUUGGUCACCUAAUAGAAACUCUCCUACAUCACAAGAAGCAGUUUUGGAGCUUGACACCACAGGAAACCUCAUUCUCAUGGACAAAAAAAUCACCAUAUGGACCUCAAACACAUCAAAUGCAAAUGUUGAAUCAGCAACCAUGUCAGAAUCAGGAAACUUCAUCCUUCACAACACAAACAAUCAUCCUAUAUGGCAGAGUUUUUCUCAACCUUCUGAUACACUCCUUCCAAAUCAGCCUCUAACAGUUUCUUCAGAAUUAACAUCACAAAAAUCUUCAUCUCAUGGUGGUUACUAUGCUCUCAAAAUGCUUCAACAACCAACUUCCUUAAGUCUUGCACUAACUUACAAUCUUCCAGAAACUUACCAAUCUUUGUAUGAAAAUGAAUCAUCAUACGCCAACUAUUCUUAUUGGCAAGGUCCUGAGAUUUCGAAUGUAACUGGUGAAGUUAUCGCGGUUUUAGAUCAAGCUGGAAGCUUUGGAAUUGUAUAUGGAGAUUCAUCUGAUGGCGCGGUUUAUGUUUAUAAGAAUGAUAAUGAUGAUGCAGGUUUAGCUUCCGCAAUUCAUCAAUCUACGCCGUUGACUGUUCUUAGGAGACUAACACUCGAAGAGAACGGAAAUCUGCGGUUGUACCGUUGGGAAGACGUAAAUGGAUCGAAACAAUGGGUGUCACAAUGGGCUGCAGUUUCAAAUCCAUGUGAUAUUGGUGGAAUUUGUGGCAAUGGUAUUUGUAAAUUGGAUAGAACUAAGACAAAUGCAUCUUGCACUUGUUUGCCAGGAACUUCUAAAGUUGGUAGAGAUGGACAAUGUUAUGAGAAUUCAUCACUUGUUGGAAAAUGUAAUAAUGGAAAAAACGAAAACAUGACAUCGUCGCAGUUUAGGAUUUCAAUGGUUCAACAAACUAAUUAUUAUUUUUCUGAAUCUUCAAUAAUAGCUAAUUAUAGUGAGAAUGAUGUUUCUUCUGUAUCAAAAUGUGGUGAUGCAUGUUUAUCAGAUUGUGAUUGUGUUGCUUCUGUUUAUGGACUAAAUGAAGAGAGACCAUUUUGUUGGGUUUUGAAGAGUUUAAGUUUUGGCGGUUUUGAAGAUACGAGUUCUACUUUGUUUGUGAAAGUUAGAGCAAAUAGUUCAUGGACACCAGAAGGACAAGAAGGAAAGUCUAAUAGUUCAUCUGAUGGAAUGGGGAGUGCUAAGGAGAAAGCUGUGAUUAUUCCAAUUGUUUUAGGAAUGAUAGUUCUCAUUUUUUUGCUAUGCAUGUUACUAUAUUACAGUGUUCAUAGAAAAAGAACUUUGAAAAGAGAAAUGGAAAGUUCAUUGGCCUUAUCAGGUGCUCCAAUGAAUUUUACUUACCGCGCAUUGCAAAUCAGGACGAGCAACUUUUCACAACUUCUAGGAACUGGUGGAUUUGGAAGUGUGUAUAAAGGAAGCCUAGGAGAUGGUACCCUAGUGGCAGUGAAAAAACUUGAUAAGAUUUUGCCUCAUGGAGAAAAAGAAUUUAUCACUGAAGUAAACACAAUUGGAUCAAUGCAUCAUAUGAAUUUGGUUCGUUUAUGCGGCUUUUGUUCUGAGGGACCACACAGGCUUUUGGUUUAUGAGUACAUGAAGAAUGGUUCAUUGGAUAAAUGGAUCUUCCCUUCGUAUCGAGGGCUAGAUAGAAUACUAGAUUGGCAAACUCGCUUGGAUAUCGCCAUAAAUACUGCACAAGGGAUUGCAUACUUUCAUGAGCAAUGCAGAAAUAGGAUCAUACAUUGUGACAUCAAACCAGAAAAUAUUUUGUUAGAUGAAAACUUUUGUCCUAAGGUAUCUGAUUUUGGACUUGCUAAAUUGAUGGCAAGGGAACACUCUCAUGUGGUAACAAUGGUAAGAGGCACUAGAGGUUAUUUGGCACCUGAAUGGAUUAGUAAUCGACCUAUAACUGUAAAAGCCGAUGUUUACAGCUAUGGUAUGCUUCUUUUAGAAAUCAUUGGUGGCAGGAGAAAUCUUGACUUAUCCUUUGAUGCAGAAGAUUUCUUCUAUCCUGGUUGGGCUUAUAAGGAGAUGACAAACAAUGGAUCAAUAAUCAAAGUUGCAGAUAGAAGAUUAAAUGGUGCAGUUGAUGAAGAGGAGCUAAUUAGAGCUUUGAAAAUUGCCUUUUGGUGCAUACAAGAUGAUGUUUCAAUGAGACCACCAAUGGGAGAAGUGGUGAGAAUGCUUGAAGAUGAAGGUUCAAAUAGCACAAAUAUAAACAUGCCACCAAUGCCACAAACAGUACUAGAGGUAAUUGAAGAAGGGUUGGACCAUGUCUACAAAGCUAUGAAAAGAGAGUAUAAUCACUAUAGCUCAUUCACCAUUACAAGUCAUCUUACAUCUCAUGCCACAUGUAGCAACUCCACAAUGUCACCAAGAUAGUGUUUAAAUUGUAGCAUAGGAUUUUUUGAGGUUGUAAUUGCUUGCUUUCUUCAAAAGCUAAGAAUCGGUCUUUUGUGCCAUAAAAAUAUCAUAAAAAUCAUAGCAUUAAGGAAAAAAAAAAUCAUGGAAGAUUAAGAUAAA